ACAAAACUAGUUGGCUUUUAUCGGGACGCGAAUUAGACUUUUCUAAAAUGCCAAGUAAAAAGAAGAAAUAUAACGCCAGAUUUCCUCCGGCCCGGAUCAAGAAGAUCAUGCAGACAGAUGAAGAAAUAGGCAAAGUGGCGGCAGCCGUACCGGUCAUCAUCUCACGGGCACUCGAAUUGUUUUUGGAGUCACUCCUGAAAAAAGCGUGUCAAGUUACGCAAUCACGGAACGCCAAAACAAUGACGACGUCACACUUAAAACAAUGCAUCGAACUGGAGCAGCAGUUUGACUUUCUGAAGGAUCUGGUGGCGGCAGUCCCUGACAUGCAGGGUGAAGGAGAGGACAAUCACACAGAGAGUGCGGAGAAAGUCCCACGCAGAGGUCGGAAACCAGGAUCGGGUCGCAAGAAUGGAGGGGCCGGCGCAAAGGGAAAAGACAAGAAACUAUCAGGCACAGAGUCGGAACAGGAGGACGACUCGGACGACAGCGAGACAGACGGCGAGGAGGAGGAUGGCUCUCAGUCCAGCACAAACCAGCAACCGGCAGCCCACUUCCACAGCCAAGACGCGCCCCCCCAGUACCUCCAAAUGGGCUCUGUCCAGGGUAACGUGCCCAUGCCCCUGGGCUCCUUCGCUCCCCACCCCUCUCUGAUCUCUGCUGCACCUCCCCCUCCCACCUCCAUGCCACACAAGGACGCAGGCGACGACGAUGAAGAUUACGACUCUUAGCUCCACGUUUCCCUUCCCUGCUCCACUCUUAUAUUUCUCUUUUUUUUUUUUUUUCGUUUCCUUUUGUUUUCUUAACGUGUUCCCAUUCGGCUGCGUUGUGAACAGGGCAAAGUGAGGUUCCCGCUGAUUGGUUAAGGAGAAGCUCCCUGAGUGAUGUUUAGGCUUUAGUCGCAGCCGCCGAAGACAAAGAAUAGGUUGUAUAUUAGCUACGUGUUUUUUAAUUUGUUUUUUUAAAAUUCUUAUUUUAUUGUCAAAGUCUGGGAGAAGAAAAGAGAAAUGAACCAGGUUGUUUUUUAAAAGCGAUUAUUGUUGCAUUUGGAUUUAACGGAAAUGCAUUUGAUGGAUUUUGUUUUUUUUUGUUUUGUUGUUUUUGAAGCUAAAUCUUUUUCCCUGCCCAACACAGGACAGACUUUCUUACAGGAUCCCAUCCUGGGGCUU